CACCUGUGCUUGGCUGUCAGACAGUUCAGAGCAUGACUCUGCUGCCAUCUCAGCAGAAGAACAACAGGCUCAUUGACAAAGGUUCCCACGACGCUGCCCGGGGGACCCCAAAUGUCGAGGCAGGGAAGGGAUGGAAGAAAGCUAUGAGACAUUUGAGGAGGAGUUAGGGUCACCAAGAGCAGAUCCUCCUCCACAGAAGCCUGUUCGACAGAUACGCAGACCAGAAAUGCUCGCUACAAGGAAAGUCAGAGAGGAAAUGGCUCCAGUUCCACAGCAACCCAGAGCAGAACCCAGGGCUUUACCCAGGGAACCCAGCUUCCCCAGAACAACACCCUUGAAUAGAGCCUUGUCCAUCCAAAACCUGACCCAGAUAGAAACCCCGUGGGAGAAUGUCACCCUCAACCGCUGUCUGUUUGUGGCAAUUACCAUCCUGGUGCUUACGUCAGGUUUUCAGAGGCUUCAUGAAACUCUGCGCGGUCAGGGGAUAGCAGAGGAAGAAGAAGUUGGACUAACAGUGAGACGACCGGGCACAUUACGACACAGAAGACAACCACCAGAGCCUGAGACAACUCUAUGGGAAGUCAUGUUUUGGUGGCUGCCAGAUCUUGAUGAUGAAGAGGAUGAGGAGGAAGAUGUUAAUGAUGUUGAUGAAGUCAAAAGAGGAAAGUCAAAGAGAAAGGCAACAGCACGAGCACCAAGAGGUAUUAGAAACAAGCCACUACCUGACAAAAAUCUCAUGAAGCAAAGAGAAUGGAAAUUAAAGGACAGGAGAACCAAGAAAGCAAAGGAUGAAGAAAUCAAAGACAAGACAGACAGAGAUCAAACAGAGGAGCCAGACGACAUGGCAGAUGUUGAUGAGGAUGGAAGACAUGAGGAGGCAGUGCACAAGAAGGAUAGAAAGCUGGAGGAACAUAAAGAGAAGAAAAAGACAAAAGGGAUGAGUUGAUUAUUUCUAUUGUGGCAGACAGAAAUUCAAUUUCUAAACAACUUUCACCUGAAUUGAUUGAUUUCAACAUUGAAAGGUGGCGAUAUUGAAUUCAAAUAUAGUGUGCUUCCAGUUAAAAUGGCCACACACCAUCAAUGUCAGGUUUUUUUUUGCUUUGCUACAGAUGUGAUGUGUUUACGGACCUCCUUUUUCAUUGAAUUUAUUGUGCCAACUGCUUGAUUUUAAAUCUCCAUAUGAUGAUUUGAUUCCCUUUAGUGUUGAAAGAUCUACAUCAUCCUUAAUAAACUGUUAAUAAUCAAUCUUGCUAGCUCAGUUAACUGUCAAUAGUAUCUAGUUAGGAAGGCGAACUAAUCAUCGAGAUUGGGGCUUAUCAAUAACAUGACCCAUGUUAUGUCACAUGGGCUGCUUCAGAGAGAAACGUUAAAGGGUCUUCUCCCCAAUAAAGUUUUUAUCCUGAUCAGCAA